AUGGGCAGGCUACGCACGGAUACACUCCGACUGCACCCUGGCCCAUCCGCCCUGCGCGCACCACUACGCAGAGAGCUUCAGCACACACCCGUCGCGAAAAUUGUGCAGACUCUCGACUCAACUCUUCCAUUGCGCCGCACUCCGUUCCUUAGUGCGAAUCCAGUCAUUCUCGGCCGACACACCACCUCACCACCCGACGACCUCUGCCCAUCCACCCAUCCAUCCGCCGUCCGCGCCCGCGCACGCGCACGCGAGAGAUACAUAGAGGGGUCCAGCUACGGAACACGCUCAACCACCCACAACCGCUUUCUCCCCCCCUUCUCCCGGCGAGGCGAGACCUCGUUCCGCGCGCAGUUGCUCCUCCUUGACGACACUGGUCCGAAGAAAAGAUCCCUCCCCUCUCCAGGACUACCUCAGGUCCUUCCUUCGCCCACACCCACAGGGCCCCCUACGCGUACCCUUCCUCCUCCUCCUCCUCCUGCUGCUGCUCCUCCGCACCCCUCUCCCGCCCCUACCAAGGAUUAG